AAGAGACGCAGAAAUCACAAUGUUUGUCAUCGUUUUUUUCUUGUUCUCUCGGACUAUCUGAUAGUAUAAAUUCUUCCCUCUUUUGCCUCCCCAAUCCAAUUAAUUUUCAGUUUUUUUUUCCGAAAAAAAAAAUGUCCAACGUCGCAAAAAGCUACAAGAGCUCGGAUCCAGUGAUUGCGUAUUGCUCGGAGCACACCACAAUCCAAUCGCCACUCCAGGCUGAGCUCCUCAAGGAGACACUCGACAAUGCUCCAAUGUCUAUGAUGCUCGGAGCGCCGGAAGUUCUCACGUUCGGACAGAAUUUCAUCAGAUCGUUCGGUGGCAGGCGUGUCAUUGAUGUCGGUACCUACACCGGAGCAUCUGCCUUGGCAUGGGCUCUCGCUGUUCCGGAUGAUGGAGAAGUGUUCACUUUUGACAUUGAUCACACUAAUUAUAAAAAGUUCGGAGUUCCGAUCAUCUCGAAAUGCGAGAAGACUUUCAAAAAGAUUCGUGCUAUCGAAGGAUCCGCGUUGGAUGGACUUGACAAGCUCAUCGCCGACGGACAAUCUGGAACCUUUGAUUUUGCCUUCAUCGAUGCCGACAAGGUGAACUACAGUAACUAUUACGAUAGAGCUGUCACCCUGCUCCGCAAGGGAGGUGUCAUUUUUGUAGACAAUAGUCUUUGGAACGGAUCCGUGUGCGAUCCAGCGAGAAGAACCGAGCCGAGCACCGUCGCGAUCCACCAGGCAAAUGACAAAAUCUUCAAGGAUGACCGUACCUAUUCUGCUCUAAUCAACCUUGGCGAUGGAACUCAUAUCGCUUUUAAGAAGUGAAUUAGGGGCUUUUUUUUUAAUUUUGAAUUAUAUUUAAUAAAUUUUAUCUUUUAAAA